GUUCAGCUUCCUGGAAGAUGCGAUGAAAUUUCUGCUCGAAGAUGUCGCUAUAUAUACAGAUAAAAAGAUGAAGAAUAAGAGGUUGGUGUACUGUUUGAAUAAAGCUCAUAUAACUUGAGGAAAACAUGGCGUGCAGUUAUCCACACAAAUGGACACUACACUGCAGAAAGUGCAAGACUCAAUUAGCAUCAAACAACAUCCUUGUCCUUGGCAUUGUACCGCCAUCCCAACACCAUUUGGCGGUCAAACCAGGAAGAGAAAAAGACGUUCAAGACUAUGUGAGAAAAGUAGAAAGACACGAAGAGAACGCUAGGAGAGCGAUGAUGUCCAAGUAUAAGUUGCUCUGUCAAAGCUGCGACGCCAAAGUUGGAGGAGAAGAGGUGAUAGAGGGGGAAGAAACUCUUUGUUUUAAGGCAGAAGCGAUCUUUAUUAAAGAUCGCUACGGCAGGGAAAUCAAGGAAAACAAGCUCAAAAAACUUGUACCCGAGCUAAAAGCGUGUGGGAUUGAAGAAAUGAAACUUGUUUCAGUCCAAAAAGUAAACCCGAGCUUUGUCAUUAACAGACAGCCACCAAUCCCCCUAAUAUAUUGUGAUGUUUCCUUGAUGUCCCGCGAAGAAAUCAAUUCUUUAACGCUUCAUAACCCAAGAGAGUACCAGGCUGAACUGUUUAGGUACGCCAUGCAUGGAAACUCUCUGGUAUUCCUUCCCACAGGAUCUGGUAAAACACUGAUAGCAGCAAUGUCAAUCAGUUGUAUGAAGAAGCUUAAUCCAGGAAAGCUUGCAGUGUUCAUAGUGGACCGUAUUCCACUCGCACAUCAGCAAGGCGAAUACAUCAAAAACCAAGUGCCCUCUUUAACUGUAGGGAUAAUGGCUGGUGACGCCGCGUCCUCAGAAGCAAACAAGUCCAACUCUGAACGAACCAUAAAAGGCCUUGCCGAGAACAAAAUUGACGUGUUGGUCCUGACUCACCAAUUGUUUCUUAACUUCUUAGCCGACCCAAAUGGAGCAGUUCGUAUGUCAGAUGUUUGUCUUCUUGUCAUAGACGAGGCUCAUCGUUGUCAAGGUAACCAUGUCUUCCAUCAGAUAAUCCGAGAUUAUUACGUUAAAGUGAGCCCUGACAAGUAUAAACCGUUAAUACUCGCACUAACGGCUUCACCCGCUGGGGAGACUACUUUAGAUGGCACGUUAAAGAACUUGGGUGGAUUGCUUGGUAGACUAUCUUGCUCUGCACGCAUGCCAGUAACAUCCGAAGAUUUACAACUCUAUGCUAAUAAACCUGUGGCUUGUCACAUAGUUAUUCCUCUUUCUCAACUCCAACGAAGCCUUGAAGAGGCAGUUGUGAGCUACCUUAAAACUAUUGACGCACGCUUGUUAAGGCAUGUUCCAAAUAGUACCAUCAAUGGAAUGUCCCCUUUGGGACCUAAUUACCGAGGUGCCCUGAGACAAAUCAUUUGCAAGUGCCACGAGGAGGAAAAUACAGAGGGACAUGCACUUGGAGAGAUGGCCAUGCAUUUUAUUGGGAUCUUGGAGCUCAACAAUGUACUGGGGUUCAAAGUCGCUAUGGAAUGCUUGCAGGAAUGUUUUGAAUUGAUUGAUAAUGCAUCUACUCCGAUGGAAAGUCAGAAGAAAGACCUUGUUUGCAAUGAUUAUAACUCUGAUCAUUUUAGAUGUCAAAUAUUAUCACUAAGCUUUUGUCGAGAAGUCGACCACGGGAAGUUUCCUCAUCUUGUAAAAGAACUCAAAUCAUUUGCCCUUCGAUGUCAAAACGAUCCUUCCUCGCGAGGAAUAGUUUUCGUUUACAUGCGAAAAACAGCCUACAAGUUCUGCCAACGGCUCCAAUCGUACCUGGAGAUAUCCAAAAUACUAAAACCGAAGCCGUUUGUGGGACAUGGUGAUGGAGGCGAUGGAAUGGCAUGGCUUGGGGAACAAGAACUCACCUUAAGGCAGUUCCGUUCUGGGGACACUAAGCUUCUAAUCUCUACUAACGUGUUAGAAGAAGGAUUAGAUGUACCGAUAUGUAACUUGGUGAUUCGGUUCGACACUUCACCGUCGUUGCGUUCCUUUGUUCAAAGUCGCGGAAGAGCGUCUCGUCGACCCGACAGCAAGUUUGUUGUUCUUUACAGUGAUCCCAAGAAGCACGAAGAAGCAGCUCUUGUCGAAGAAAAAGAGAAAAACAUGGAACUAGCUAUGAGAAUCCUCCAUAACACUUCAUAUGCGUCUGUCUCGCAAGCAAAUAAGUUCGUUUGUGAAGCAAGGAAACCGGAGGUCCCUGACCCCAAUAAACCACCUGAACGCGUUCUACUUCAGGAAGAAGCGCAUCUUCAAUACACCGAAGUUAAAACCCCUUGUGUUCAGGUCGUAGCGCACACGAUGCGAUCAAGCACGACUCAAGAAAUGCCACCAAUCAUUUCCUUCUUUAAUAGCCAAUUUGACGUAAAAUCAAUGGAACCGAGUGAAAAUAAGAUGAAUUAUAUAAAAAGCGAAGAAGAUGAUGAAUCUCCAUCCUCGGGAGCGUACCGGUUUGAACUAGAAUACCAACACGGGCAAAAUUCAUUUAUCUUCAUGGAAGAAGUUGCUAAAUCUUGGUGCAGUCGCCCGGUCGGCCCAAACAUCGUGCAUUCCCAAGCUUGGUUGGAACUCCUGGAUACAGGAAGAAGGAAACGAAAUGAAGAAGUAGAUGUUCUUUCGGCGGAGAUGUUGUCCGUAGGGUACUUUCGCCAUCCUACUAGUUUCUGCCAACAUUGGCCUGACCCCCUAGGAACAGAGCUACGAAAUAUCCGUCUUUUGUUCCAACACGAUCUUAACAUGCUCUUGGUCUUCUUCACUAUCACUGAAAAUGGGCGGAUGAAUUUAUAUGAAGUUGAAAUACCCUACACACAACUGGCAAGCUUUAUUAUCGUAGACAGAAAGGAGAAGUAUGCCAAUCUCUUUCUUUCCUUGAAUACUACGCCAAGAUUGUACAUGUCAGAAGACAGCGGGUUGAUGUGGGAGAAAAUUAUUCAAGACAGAGAAACUGGUUAUUAUUCUGGUGAUGAAUCUGACACUGAAGAAGGUAGCGAUGAUGAAGGAUAUCAGGUGGACUUAGUUAACGAUGAUGACAAUGGCGAUGUUGAAGUUAGCGCUGUUUAUGAUGCCGAUGCUGAUGAUGACGACGACGAUGAUGAUCGUCCUCACGAUGAAAAUAUUAUCCAUACAGCCGCUACUUCUGAAGAGAAUGAUGGCCCCACCUUUUCACACCCGAUACUGCGGGCUCUGAAUUCCAUCACAGAGUGGUUUCGAGUUUCGAGCGAUAGCCAAGACGCAUUUGGUCGGUGUUCAAACUACAUGCUUAAAAUCUCCAACACAGAUCUUGAUAAAGUUUAUUCUGGCCUUAAGUCGUGUGGUAAAGAUAUAUUUUUUGCCACAGUGAAAACCGAAAAAAGAUCCUUACUUAGGCCCACAGAGGUGUACCUUCCACCUCGUUUGGACGAAGACAUAAGAUAUGCUGUUCAGUGUUUGUUGGCUUACCAUCCAGUGGUACUUGGCCGUAUCACAGUCCUCAACUUUGGUCUUCUUCUAUCGAGCAAACCUAAGAACACCGCUCUGGCCGCAUUAGACAAACUUAGCAAAGUUCUUGACGAGGACAUAUUCUGUCAACCUGAACAGACGCUUGAAAAAAUCCUUCAAGACCCAAAUCUUCGUUGUCUACGCUUCACGCCUCAGUCAAUUCCUGGUCAUUGUGCUCUGGUCAAACGGUUGAUAAUUACACCAACCCGUCUCCUGUUCAGCCCAGAAGAAAUCAUGCAAAAUAACCGGGUUCUGAGAAAAUACUCUCCUAAAGACUUUGUCUGCGCGAACAUCCGAGAUGAAGAUUACUCCAGGAUUUCAUCAUCGAACUGCGAUCUGAGCAAAGUACUUUUUCAUAUAAAGAACGUGCUUGACGAAGGAGUAGAGAUUUGUGGAGAACGAUAUCUGUUUCUUGGUUGCUCUAACAGCCAGCUUCGUAGCCAUAGCUGUUGGCUUGUCAAGUCUUCAACGAAUCCAGGCGCCAUUCGAGCUUGGAUGGGAGACUUUUCGAAAAUCAGGUGUGUUGGUACGUAUGUUUCACGAAUGGGUCAGUGUUUUUCGACAUCCUUGGACACCGUUGGUAUAAGCAUCGAUGAUGGCGUUCGUUGGAAUGACCAAAACGAUAUUGUUACUGAAGACGGGAAGUAUACGUUUUCUGAUGGGGUUGGCGGAUUAUCACAGGAACUCGCCAAGGAGGUUUUAAAGAAGGUCGGAAAGAAGUUCAGGCCAUCUGCUUUCCAAAUCCGGUUUGCUGGCUACAAAGGAGUCUUAGCAGUUGACUCGCGGCUGUCUGGCAAGGAGGCGUAUUUUCGUCCAAGCAUGCGCAAGUUUGAAUCAACACAUCGAAGAUUGGAAGUUAUUCAAACCUCGCGUCCACAAGCUGUUUUCCUAAACCAUCAGGUGAUUAUGCUUCUUUCUAACCUGGGAGUGCCAGAGGAAGUGUUCCAACAGCUUAUGCGAGAGGCUUUGAAUAAUCUAGCAGGGAUGCUGUUAGAUGAACGUCGUGCCGUUCAACAGAUGUCCUCAGCAGUAAAGAUUGGUAUAGAAUAUCGCAGUCUUUCUGCGGCAGGCAUCCCCCUGACUGUAGAGCCGUUCUUUCGAUGUGUUAUCGCCGCCGUGUACUAUGACAGCUUACAAAGCUUGUUGACUAAAGCGAGAAUCAAGCUACCUGCAGAUAAAGCAAGAUUGAUGAUGGGUGUGAUGGAUGAAACUGGGACGCUCAAAUAUGGACAGGUUUUCGUGCAGUAUUCAGCAGUAUCCACCAACCCAAAAAGCAACGAGGAAUUUGAUUUCACCAAGAAGAUCGUUCUGAAGGGACCAGUGAUGGUCACACGAAAUCCAUGUCUACAUCCGGGAGAUGUCAGGAAGCUGGUUGCCGUGGAUACGCCUCAAUUAAGACAUCUUGUAGAUUGUGUUGUUUUCCCCAGUGUUGGGCCUAGGCCGCAUCCGAGCGAGAUGGCAGGCGGAGACCUCGAUGGAGAUCUUUACUUCGUUAGCUGGCACCAAGAUCUCUUCUCACAUCCAGAAAAAGACCUCUUCCCGCCAAUGGAUUACACAGCACCCCCCAAAAAACGCUCGCCAUUUGACAUCACCCCAGCCGACAUGACCAGCUUUAUAAUGGACUACAUACGAAGUGAUCAACUUGGGGUCAUCGAUAAUGCACACAAGGCGCACGCAGAUCGUCAGGCCCAAGGAGUGGAGUCAGAAAAGUGCUUAUUAUUGGCAGAAGCUCAUUCGUUAGCAGUUGACGCGCCUAAGACUGGGGUUUGGCCUGACGUUAAGUCAUUAGAUUUAGGUCUAGACCAGUAUCCUGACUUCAUGAUGAAGACAGACAAGCCAAGUUACAAGUCGAAUAAACUGUUAGGUAAGCUCUAUCGUGCUUGCCGUGCCUUUAAGAGAAACGCUGAGCAUAGUCUUCCGACUGACAUCCAAAGACCUGUAGUUGACCGCGCCUUUGUUGUCCAGGGUUACAAGAAGUAUGUUAAGGAGGCUCGUGACUUGUACUCGGAGUACAGCGAGAAUUUGGAUAGGUUGAUGACCAUAUAUGGUAUUAACACGGAAGCCGAAUUGGUAUCGGGAUGUUUUCGGAAACUGCACAAGCGUCUUAGCAGAGAACGCACUGAAGUCGCCGAAAUCGUCGAGAGACUCGUUAAUGACGUCCGGAUGAAGUUUAGAAAGCGAUUUUUCGAGGAAUUCAAAAUGGAUACAUCAAGACACAAGGCAGAAAACCUUCAGAGCAAUGAAAUGCACCGAAAGGGCUCUGCUUGGUACCACGUAGCAUAUGCCGAAGCGCCCAGUACUCCUCGUGGAGGUCCAAAACCCACACGGUUUCUAAGCUUUCCCUGGGUAGUUGAUGACGUCAUGGCAAGCAUCCGGGAACAAAGGAAAACUGGUUUAGCCUGUAGUUUUUCUGCCGCGCAGCAACGCGUUGUUCCGAGUGGUUUCGCUCAAGACGUCAGUGAGAUUCACUUCAAGGGACCGAAAGUGGACGUUAUAUCUAGGGACUUGAUGAAGCGUCUAGAAGAGGACAAAGAAAUGUUGCUGCAACAAUACAAACGCCGCCUGAGUGGAAGAAACCUUGUCGCUCAGUCAAUUCAGAAGGUGUACAGGGGCUGGAAUGUGGCGGUGUUUGGAUCCACUGCGACGUUGCUGUUUCGUGAAAAUUCCGACGUGGAUUUGUGCGUGUACGAGACAAAGUGGAAAAACCCUCGAAGCAGUAGCAAGAAGGAACAGCUUAAGCUAUUGAAGUCCUUGACACCAUUGAUGGGGAAGAUGUUUAAGAGUACACGGCUUGUUGCUAGAGCAAAAGUACCGGUAAUCUGCUGUAAGAAUUUCAAGAAUAAACAAGCCCCGCCCUUGUCUCUUGAAGUUCCCUUCGAUCUGAGCGCCUCGAGAGAUGGUCUGGAUAAAGCAAUCGUCGUUUCUUACUAUAUCAUGUCCGAACCACUCCUGCUUCCAAUCCUACGCUUUCUUCUCCUGUGGGGUCACAAGUCUGGUUUGACGGGUCACGGCAAAAGAGUAUGUGUCAACACCAACGCCCUUAUGUUUAUAUUCCUGAGUCACUGUUUGGGUAAUGGGUGUGUGAAUGAACUGAGUGGAGACGUGGUGAGACACUUUUAUGACAAGAACAGAGAACGGAAAUUUGUUGAUCAACUUCAAGACUGGGAGAAUAUUCUAGAAGGAUUGGUAGGUUCUAGCCAAGUUGGCGCAAACCAACCAAAUCUAAAAGGAUUUUUACCGGGGGAGGUGUUGAUUGAGUUCUUUGCCAGCCAUACUUCACUCGAUCGACUUAGAAUACCAGAAAGUAUUUCACGCUUGGUUAAUGCAAAAUGCGUUCAAGAUCUCCUCAAGUCUUGCUCGAUAAGCUUUCUCCAGGAGCAAAUGCAGCGCGCAUAUCAUUUGCUCGCUGUCCAUGGAGACCUAGAAACUCUCUUGAACCUGUGUGAAGCUGAAGUUCGUGAAACUAUUCAUUUAUCAACCGGACUCUCCGCAGCAAUGAGAGGAGCUGAAAGAGAGAACGCUCAUGAAAUUCAAGAACGAACCGGCGCUAAAGUCAGCAUCCGACGGAAGUUCCAGAGUUUCAUCUAUCGGUUGAUUGUCGAAGCUAGAGGGACGGAGCUCCAGGUUGAAGCUGUUGAACAUCUUAUACAGGAUAUGACUCGUACGACGAGUGCGAUGAGGGCCGCGUUUAUGUCCAUGUGUUUUGUUAAGGGCGCCAGCCAAAUCUUGUUUGAAGGUUACCGUGACGAUGACGACGUAKUCACGCUUGUCCCAUAUCACUCUUGCCACCACCCUCAGCACGAUGGAUCCCGUCUCUACACCCCUAUGCUGGCCACCCCCAUGCGCUUUAGUCCCGAGGACGCCCUGAGCCUCAAGGGUAGAGAGUUUGAUGAGUUCCGACGAAAGUUUCUCACCCAGUUCGCACUGGCUGCCAAAGAACACGAACCUGCACUGCACGGUGAAAUGGAGUUCGCUGUACGGUUUGGCCGUAUCUAUAUCUUUCGAGUCCCAAAGUCCUUUAUUGAAGAUGCUGAACCUGUUACAGUACAAAUGCUGCAGGCGAAUCUUAAGCGCGGUUAUAAGGCCAAGCCAACGGGGACUAAGAAGCCUAAACGUGAACUAGUUGUCACGAAUUCUGGCGUGACAAGACGAAAUGCAAGGUCACGCCAGAAACGACAGAAACCAAAGGAGAAAAAGGUUAAAGAAAAAAAGAUGCAAGAAAAACCGUGUCGCAGCUCGUACUUCACGAUUAUUAAAUCCAAGGAACAAGUGGAAAAGUUCCUCAGAAGAAGUGGUUUUAUCGAAGUGGCUUCUUUUGAAGUGUACGACGUAAACACGAAAGGAAAUGAAGAAUUGAAUGUGAAAUUUGACGGGGAUCUAAACUUCACCGAGCUUUGCUUUCCGUCCCUUCGUUGGUACCUCACUGACGUUAAACGAAGGUGGAGGAAAAGUCAACAGCAGAAAACCCAAGAUGGCGACGAGAGCGAUGUUCGAUUCAUCCUUCAGUCGCGUCGCUCUUUGAAUCAACAAGAAAUUCAGGACACCGAGUACGAAGUUUUUCAAGAGCUCAUGCAAAAGCCAAGCCAGGCUGUUCCCGCAACGAAACCAACCAAGAAGCAAAAACGCAUGUUUUGUAUUAAAGACGAUCUCUGGAAUGAAGUCAGUAUGGUCAGGCACAAGAAAACUCGGCUUUUUCGCAGCGAGCAAGAUGAUGAUCCGUUUCUGUCGCUUGUCACCGUAGAACUCAAGGAAGUAACGGAACAUUCGCGUCCGAUGACCGAGUGCUCUUGCUUUCGCAAGAAUUUUACGCGUCAUGAGCUUGACAUUCAGUUAGAUACACCCCCCUUAUCGACGAGUGAAGGGGAGCUGUCUGUGUUUUUAGAGAGAAUUUGGCAGUUAGCUUUCGAAAUUUCAACUUUUUUGUCUAAUGGCUAACUUCUCCUCUUUCCUUCCUUUUCCUCAAACUUCAUUCGACGACAUUCACCCAAUUUACUUUUUUUUCGGCGCGAGUCGUCACCUUGUAUAGUUGAUGCUGGAAGGUGUUACGAGGACCAAAAAGUUCUGACAUUGUUCUCGGAUUCCCAUACAAAUAGCAGAUAUAAUAGAUGCAUACAAAGUUGAUGCAAAUAAGACAACAAGCACUGUAUCGACCCGAUAGCUUCACUCGUAUAAUUUGUAAACAAAAGAAUAUCUCAUUGCGGACUCGACUGCAAAAACAGCUAUUCACUGAAAAUUCAGAUUUUUAAAUUUUCUUUCUAAACAGCAGUAAGAAAAGCUUUCAAUGAAGUUAGAAAGGUGAUAUUUUGCUCGUAUUUAGAGAGCUAACUAAACAAACCAAGCAAAUAUUAUAAUUUGUUUAAAAGGCAGUACAUUCGUACGGAAAUCAGAGCCGAACAAUGUGCGAACUUCUUGGUGACCGUAAAACAAUUCAACAACAGUUGAUACCACACGAUGGCUAGCCUUGUAAAGGUGAGUUAAAAACAAAUUUACCCAGUUUUCGUGGGUUAUUUGGAUAAGUUCCGUUCCCUCCCAUGCGGGACUCAACAGAAAAAUUAAACAGCUGGAAAACCAACUGAAGUUUGAUAAACGAUCAAAGAACGUGUUAUGUGGGUUGGUAUAAGACUACAUCACAUCAACGGCAUUAACCCGAAUGGAAAACAUAGCGGUUCAUAUAUUGCAGUUUUGAGAAGCAUUUGAUGAUCAGAUUUAAGAACUUCUAAUGACCGUCAACACGUGUGGGUUGUAAAAAGAAGAGGCCGGAAACUACUUAACAAGAGAUAUUGUUUUCUUUUUUGA